AUGAGGGUGGCUAUCGGCUGGUGUCUCGUCUUCGCUGGGCUAAUCGGUGCAGAAAACCUCGAGCUCGAUCUCGCCAACAUCCUCUCCCCCUUCGACCUCGACGCCGAGUUGGCGGCGUUCAGCAACGAGUGCCUGACCGAUGACGACCUCGUGGGACUAUGGGACCACAAGCUGAAGGCGUUCGCCGCGCGAGCGCUCGGUUCCUACCUACCCCUGGCCGCCGCCGAGACCAUAGGCCUCCAAGAGCUGCGCUCCGCGCUGAACAUGAGCUCGAUACCGCCGUGGACCUACUACAGGGAUUACUAUAAUUAUCAGGGCCAAGAGCUCGUGGAGAGGAACGCCCAAAGGGAAAGAGAACUCGCCGCCGCCAAGACGCUUGAGGAAUACUUCGAGCUGAGAGAUCCGAGUAGCCACAGGGUAUCGCUGGAUAGCACGUUUCUCGUCGAGACAAGCAUGCCCCCGGCUGUCGCUUAUAUGGAUACACGAUUUCCGGUCAUUCGGAGGAUUUUUAGGCACAAAAUGGAAGAAGUUGUCCCUCCGGCCGGAACCCCCCUCGACCGCCCCACCAUCGACCGCGCCAUCACCGAAUUUGAGGCCAUCUCCCGGCGCGUGGACAAAGCAAUCGAUAAAUUGGUGCUCUUCCCGACCCACAAAUGCUACAACCAAAUCCAUGCUGAAGAAGCAGCCGCGGCCCGGAAACGAAAGAUGGUCGAAAACUCGAAAUUGAUGAAAUAC